GUGUGUGGUUCCACUGUGGAUGCAGGAGCUGUCGGUGGGCCCCGCUGAUCCAGUGUGACUACUGCCCCCUGCUGUUUCACGCCGACUGCCUCGAGUUCCCGCUGGCCUCUCUGCCCACUGGCCGAUGGAUGUGCCCUAACCAUGCAGAGAACUACUUGGAGGAGAAGCUGCUCAAUUCAGUGAGCCUGACGGAGCGAGUGCGCCUGUGGGACCGGUUUGGAGGAGGCAGCCGGCUGAACCAGGACGCAGUGAAGCUGGCAUUUCUCACGCGUGCCCAUCGGCCGCAUCCACCAUUCCGCUUGAAACGUCAGCGGCCCCGGCUAUAUCGCGCCCACAUCCCGCGUGCUGUGCGCGAUCACUACCGCCGCCGGCCGCCGCCUCUGUCCCUUUCCUCGGCCCCCCAAUCGCAGCAGGACGAGCAGGAGCUGUGGCUGGCUUCCCUGGUGGCUCUGCAAUUGGCCCUGGCUGCACGCACUGCCAAAGGGGGCUCGGCCAUGGAUGUGCGAGAGGAGGAGAAAGGGGCCAGCCCUGAAGACGGCCCCUUUGGAUGGGAAGUGAACCAGCUGGAUGAGAAGCUUGUGCGCCUACUUGCCUGGCAAAGGCUGCAGCAGCUGCUUCCUGUCAAUGGUGUCAAUGUGUCUGGGGUGGUUGCAAGCGAUGUGCAGGCGCGGGCAAUGGUUUGUCCUGUGGGGAGCAAAGGAAGCCCUGUACCGAUGCCCUACCGGACGCUGACACUGGGCUCAGGUGCGUGCCUUUGCCUUGUUGAUGAGUACUUUGGGCGAUUAGGGAGUGACUUUCUGUGA